GGAAGGCCUGUGGAUUUUCCCCCCGCAAAACUAAAGGCAGGUUAUGGAGAGCAAGUGUGCUAUGUUCUUGAUUGUUUAGCUGAAGAAGCCUUAAAAUACACUGGCUUUACCUGGAAAAGGCCGGCGUAUCCAACCGAAGAGCGAGAAGAAGAGGAAAUAACAGAAGAUGAUGCAGAAUUAACAUGUGGUAAACUGGAAGAGGAUGUUGUGGAAGAAGAGUCAGACAAUGAGGAGAAUUUUAUUGACCUGAAUGUUCUGAAGGCACAGACGUACAGAUCGGACAUGAACGACACUGCAAAACAAGAAGAGAUUUUGCAGUCCACAACAGAUGCAGCAGAGUGGAAUCUGGAAGUGGAACGUGUACUUCCACAGCUGAAAGUUACAGUCAGGACUGACAACAAGGACUGGAGGAUUCAUGUAGAUCAAAUGCAUCAGCAUAAGGAUGAAAUUGAAUCUUCUUUGAAAGAAACUAGGGGCUACCUUGACAAACUCCAAAAUGAAAUCAGCAGGACACUGGAAAAGAUCAAUAGCAGGGAAAAGUACAUCAACAGUCAGUUGGAGCACUUGGUUCAAGAGUACCGUUCAGCACAGGCCUUGCUGAGUGAGGCUAAGGAGAAGUACCAGGAGGGCAGCGGAGGACUAACUGAAAGGAUUAGAGUGCUUUCUGAGAUUACAGAAGUAUUAGAAAGAGUAAAGCAGGAAAUGGAAGAGAAAGGAAACAGUAUGACCGAUGGUGCUCCUCUAGUGAAGAUUAAACAGGCCUUAACAAAACUGAAGCAAGAAACCAUUCAGAUGGACAUACAAAUUGGUGUAAUGGAACACACGUUACUCCAGUCAAAGCUGAAAGAGAAAUCCAAUAUGACUAGAGACAUGCAUGCAACAGUGAUUCCAGAAGCCACCGUAGGUGCCUAUUAAAAUUUUUUGAAGCUCUCUUGGUUUGCCCAAAAUACAGGUUUCUACCAUUUCCUUUUUUGUUACUUUAGAGCUUUUCUUUUUGUUGGGAGAGGGGGAGUUUCCUUUUUUGGUUGUUUUUUUUUUUUAAAAGAUGCUUGGUUGUGCACUUUUAAGAAGUAAAAUGUACACUUUGGACUUAACAUAUAGCCAUGUUUAGUUUUGUGCUGUAAUAUUUUACUGCAGACCCCUUCCACUAAUAAAUUCUUAUUCAUGAACA